UUUAAUACACCUAAAUACAGUUCUUUCACGCUUAUGUUAAAUGUGGCUGCUAAAAGAAAUCCAUUUGAUGGUUGCGGCUCAGCUAACUUAACGGAGGUAAACACCACUCCCUCAAAUAGGAGUAUUCAGCUAACUUAACGGAGGUAAACACCACUCCUUCAAAUAGGAGUAUUUCACAUUCAUGGUUUCUCAGUUGACACAACAUUACCUUCCAGGUUAUUCUCAUGGCCUCCAUUAAGAACUUCCUUCGAAAGUUUAACGUUUAUCUUAACAACAUGAAAAUGACAGGUCUAAUCUGGUUAUUUCUCAGUGUUUUGCUGGAGCGUCAUCGGCUCAUAUUUGGGUACGAAGCAGAAAUUGAAAACUCGGAAGAAAUUCAAAGAUACGAUUUGUAUGUGGUUCCGGGAAGGAAAGUAGACCUACCCUGUAAUAUCACACCCGACACCUUAGAUGAUAACUUGGACCUGGUGUUAUGGUACACUGAUAAGUCUCCAUCACCGAUUUAUAGUCUCGACGCUAGACACGGCAGUUUGGAUACAGCAAGACAUUGGAAGAGUGACAGCAUGGCAUCUCGUACCUAUUUCAACAUUACCGGAACUAUGGCUCGACUUCAGUUAAAUCCAGUCCAGAAAGAAGACGAGGGAGCCUUUCUUUGUCGGGUGGACUUUCGCAAAGCUCGAACACGCUACUUAGAAGUGGGGUUGAGAAUAAUAGUGCCUCCAAAAAAGCCAGUAGUAAAGAACGAAGCCGGCCAAAUCCAGCAUAGUUUAAUAGGACCUUAUAAUGAAGGAGAUACACUUCGUCUUCAAUGUGAAGUCGCUGGAGGAAAUCCAAGACCAAAUCUUACUUGGUGGCGGGAAUCUGUGUUAUUGGACGAUUCUUAUGAAACAAUAGACAAUUUCUGGGUUAAAAAUGUUUUGGAAAUCCCAGCGCUACAGCGUCAUGAUCUGAUGGCAGCAUUCACGUGUAUGUCGAUCAAUAAUAACUACCUACCGCCAUUGCAAACGACAGUUGCAGUUGAUAUGAACUUCAGGCCACUAGAAGUACACAUAGAAGGUGAGAGAAACCCGUUGUUAGCUGGUAAGUCUGUCAAGAUCAAAUGCAGUACAGCAGGCUCUAGACCUCCUGCUGAUGUCACUUGGUGGAAGGAAGGUACUCAGUUAAAAUCGGCUAAGUCUGUUAUUCCAGCCAAUGGAAACUCCACUCUUAGCACUCUGACAUUUAAGCCAUCUGCUGCAGAUGAUGGGAAUAUGCUUUAUUGUUCUGCUGAGAAUAGACAUAUUUCUGGAAGCACAAUCAAAGACAGUUGGAAAUUAGAAGUCAGAUAUCAACCUCACCUCACUAUGCGGUUGGGAAGUAAAAUACGUCACGCUCCUAUUCAGGAAGGAAGUGACGUGUACAUCGAAUGUGACAUCAGGGCUAAUCCACCAGUAACAAAAAUCGGUUGGAAAUACGAAGAUGAAGAGAUAUCAGCCAAUCACUCGGCUGGAAUUAUUAUAAAUAACCAGACAUUAGUUCUUCAAAAAGUUAGUCGCUUUGCCAGAGGACGCUACUCAUGCAUGGCAACAAACAACAUAGGACAAAAAGAAAGCGCCGCCAUCUACCUCAGGGUACAGUACUCGCCUAUUUGUAAACCUAGCCAAAAGAUCAUAUACGGUGCUGCUCUAAAUCGUCCAGUUGAAGUGAUCUGUAAAGUGGACAGUGAUCCAGAUAAUGUAACUUUCUCCUGGAUGUUCAAUACCUCCGUGGAUAGUUUUGACAUAUCGGACUUCACGAGCAGAGGAACAACUAGCACUCUCACCUAUUUACCCAAAACCAAAUCGGAAUUCGGAACGCUCACCUGUACUGGGACAAACAGUAUUGGACCUCAAGUAACACCCUGUGUUUUUACCGUUGUCGCCGCAGGUAAUAUAGAUUUUUUGUUUUGUUGUGCACAAGCUUCUCUGUACUCCUCUUAA